GCUAUUUCCUCUCUUCAAAUAAAAUGCAUUUAAACAAUGCGUGCGUUAAAUCGCCAUCGAACAUAUAUCGCCUCUAAGAUCACACCUUGCAUCGAGUCUUGGCACAGAACUUUCCCCGACGGAGCCCUUCAACGGCUUCACUUUCCCCCUCUUUUCUUCUAUUCUUCGAUUCUCCCCCAUCAGCAACGCCUUUUUUUCCCGCACUCAGCCUGCGGAAUUCUUAGUUUUCCAUCAUGGCUGCCCAGGCUAGCGAGAAUCUGGAGAAGCUUAACCUGAACGGCCAGAGCGGCGACGCGAAAGCGGACGCCCCUACGGCUGAUCAGGCAGCUCCCGGAGAGGCGGAAGAUGACUCUGACGAUGACAAGGAAGAUGGAAAUGGCCCGGAAGCCGGAGCGACUGGAGACGCAAAGAAGAAGAAGAAGCGCAAGCCCAAGAAGAAGAAGAAGGGACCUGCCAAGGUCCAAAGCUCGCCUCCGCGAGUUCCGGUGUCCAACCUAUUCCCCAACAACCAGUACCCCGAGGGUGAAAUCGUCGAAUACAAGAACGAGAAUUCAUACCGCACAACCAACGAGGAGAAGCGGUAUCUCGACCGUAUGAACAACGAUUUCUUGCAGGAGUACCGUCAAGGAGCCGAGGUUCACCGUCAGGUCCGCCAGUAUGCGCAGAAGAACAUUAAGCCGGGACAGACCUUGACAGAAAUCGCGGAGGGCAUUGAAGACUCAGUUCGCGCCCUCACCGGCCACUCGGGUCUUGAGGAGGGCGACAACAUCAAGGGUGGCAUGGGUUUCCCUUGUGGUUUGAGCAUUAACCACUGCGCGGCUCACUACACCCCGAAUGCCGGCAACAAGAUGGUUUUGCAGCAGGGCGACGUUAUGAAGGUCGAUUUCGGUGCUCACUUGAACGGUCGCAUUGUCGACAGUGCAUUUACUGUGGCUUUUGACCCGGUCUACGACCCCCUAUUGGCGGCCGUCAAGGAUGCUACCAACACCGGUAUUCGCGAAGCGGGAAUUGACGUCCGCAUGAGCGAUAUUGGUGCCGCCAUCCAAGAGACUAUGGAAAGUUAUGAAGUGGAACUCAACGGGACUAUGCACCCGGUGAAAUGCAUUCGAAACCUGAACGGUCACAACAUUGACCAACACGUUAUCCACGGUGGCAAGAGUGUGCCCAUCGUGAAGGGUGGUGACCAGACCAAGAUGGAGGAGGGUGAGGUUUUUGCUAUUGAAACCUUCGGUAGUACCGGAAAGGGCUACGUGAGAGACGAUAUGGAAACUUCCCACUACGCCCUGGUCCCUAACGCAAACCCUGUGCCUCUGCGCCUUUCCUCGGCCAAGAACCUGUUGAAUGUGAUCAACAAGAACUUUGGCACUCUCCCCUUCUGCCGUCGUUAUCUUGACCGCUUGGGCCAGGACAAGUACCUCCUCGGGUUGAACAACCUGGUAUCAUCAGGAAUCGUUCAAGAUUACCCGCCUCUUUGCGAUAUCAAGGGCUCGUACACUGCCCAAUAUGAACAUCCAUCGACCAGGAUCUCACCUCCAGAGAAAUCAUUAGUCGAUGACCAAUUCUUUUGGACAUACACGGAGGAACCUCAUCGCUCGAGAAGACAAGCUAUCAUCAAGGCACACCCAGAGGUAACCAAGCUCUGCGGACCUGAACCUAUAACCAAAUAUGUGGUUCUCGGUGUCGUCUCUCUCCAGAUCUGCUGCGCGUACCUUCUCCGUGAUACCUCCAUCCUGUCAUGGCGUUUCCUUGCAACGGCCUACCUGAUUGGGGCGACGUCGAACCAGAACCUCUUCCUCGCCAUCCAUGAGAUCUCCCACAACUUGGCCUUCCGAUCGCCAAUGGCGAAUCGAUUGCUGGCUAUCGUCGCCAAUCUACCCAUUGGAAUCCCGUAUAGUGCUGCAUUCAGACCCUACCACCUUACCCAUCACAAGUCCCUGGGCGUAACAGGCCUCGAUACCGACCUCCCCACCGCCGUCGAAGCUUUCUUCCUCGACUCCCUCCUCGGCAAGGCCUUCUUCUGCACUUUCCAGAUCCUUUUCUACGCCCUCCGUCCCAUGUUCGUCUACAGCCCGCCCUUCACCUCCAUCCACCUGAUCAACCUAAUCACCCAACUCUCCUUCGACUUCGCCUUGACCAAAUUCUGCGGCGGCUCCCUCCAACCCUUCUUUUACUUCAUCAUGAGCUCCUUCCUCGCUGGCUCCCUGCACCCGUGCGCUGGCCAUUUCAUCGCAGAGCACUACUUCUUCUCCAAGGUCGAAGCAGGAGGCACCGAGUCGAUCGAGGAAUUGAAGAAGAUGGAAAAGGACGGCAAGAAACAGCCUCACCCUCUCGACUCUCUUCCGCCCCCGGAAACUUACUCGUACUAUGGCCCUCUCAACAUUCUCACGUACAAUGUCGGUUUGCAUAACGAGCACCACGAUUUCCCCGCUAUCCCCUGGACUAAGCUGUACACGCUGCACCAGAUUGCGAGCGAGUUCUACGAGCCGCUUCCUUGCCACCGCAGCUGGACCUGGGUUAUCUGGACGUUCAUUAUGGAUAAGAAUGUGGGUAUGUGGUGCCGUGUCAAGAGGGCCCAGGGUGGUCGUAUCGUUGGUGGCAGCGCAAAGACAGACAAGAAUAGCGGACGGAGUGGUGAGACUAUCUCGGCCGCAUCGGCUGGUCCGGACGAAGCAGGAGAUGGAUGGAAGGAGAGUGAACUUCAGAAUUGA